AUGCAAAAAAUGAAUUACGACUGCACUGCUGAAACGUCAGCGCUGCGCCAUGCGAAAACAUGCUCUGGUGAGCUCUCAGAGCGAUCAUCUCGGCCUGGAUUGAAAGAGAAUAUCAUCAAACUUUACAAAAAUUACUUGAAUGACACGGAUGUUGGACUGCCAUAUGGUGGAGGGAAUUGUCUUUGUAUGGAGUCAAUGUUGAAAUGCGAUUCACCUCAGAAGUUCGCUGAGUCGUCAGUGAAGAAUAUGUUCAAACACUUUGGACCAAGUGGCAACAGGAUCGGCGAAAACAUCUACGGUCGGGGCAACACAUGCGCCAAGUGUCCCGGAAAUUCCACAUGCAACGACAGCACAGGACUUUGUAAUUGA